AUGAAGUUCUCCCAUCUCCUUCCCACCAUCCUCGUCGCAAGCGCUGUUGUCCUAGCUCUGCCAACCGAAACCACCGAGUCCGCUGAGAUUGCCCAGCGCGCCGACUCUAGCCUUGUAGGCUAUCUUGGGAUAUUCUUCCUCGGAAAUGCACCAAAUAUAUAUUUCUACCUCAGUAAUGGCAACAAUGCACUUUCUUUCAAAGGAUUGAACAAAGGCCAGCCGAUACUCAAACCAUCUAGCGGGACGGGAGGGGUGCGUGACCCCUCGAUUAUCAGUGGAGCUGGAGCAGAAGCCGGAAAGAAAUGGUAUAUUAUCGGUACGAAUUUGGAUAUUGGGAAAACGACGUGGGAUAAAGCUCAACGGAAGGGAUCCUUGAGUAUCUAUAUAUGGGAGAGCACGGAUAUGAUCAAUUGGGGCGCUGAACGACUUGUAAAAGUCGAGAAUGAUAAUGCAGGGAUGGUCUGGGCGCCAGAUGCCAUUUGGGACCCGAGUAAAGGCAUGUAUCUAGUUCACUGGGCGUCAAAAUUCUACUCCGCCUCAGACUCAGGGCAUACUGGCAAUCCUGGCCCUGAUCAAAUCCGCUACGCCUACACCAGCGACUUCAAAACCUUCACUACACCCCAGACAUUUAUUUCCGCCUCCUCCUCGAUAAUCGACCUCUCCAUUCUCCAACUAGGCGACAACAGCUUCGCGCGCUUCAUCAAAAACGAAUCAGCGACAAACGUCUACAUGGAGCGAUCCGACACCGGCCUCUUUGGUACAUGGACACGGCCAGGCGGAGCCACAUCUUACAUCAGAAGUGGUGUUGAGGGCCCUUACGCGUAUAUGGACAACCAGGUACAGGGGCGGGUUAUAUUAUUGUUGGAUUAUUUUGGGGGAGAUGGGUAUAGGCCAUUUACGUCGACUAACUUGAAUGCUAAUUCAUGGACGGAUGCGGAUCGGAGCUCAUUUCCAAGUAAUUUGAGGCAUGGUAGUGUUGUUGGGAUUCCCCAGGAUAAAUAUAAUGCUUUGAAUACGAAGUGGGGGUAA